GAGCCCAAGGGGAGAUCACGCAGGGAAUCCCGCGUUUCACCGCUGUGCUGCUCAGCGCCCUGGACUGGACACAGCGGUCGCGGGUAUCCAGGGCUCUGCGAGGGCGCCCCUGCCCCGCCCCACAUGGGGUCCGCGCGCGUCAGCGGCUCGGUGAGGGCGCACCCGGAACCGGUCUGAGAGGAGCGCGGCGGCGGCGGCGGCCCGUGGCGAAAGUGCGGCUGCGGAAGCGCGGCGAGGCCGGCGGCGCGAAGGAGGAAGUCCGGGGAGGCGCGGGAGCUGGGGGUCUGCGGCGCCGAGCGGACGCCAUGGGCCGCCUGCACUGCACGCAGGACCCCGUGCCCGAGGCCGUGGGCGGCGACAUGCAGCAGCUGAAUCAGCUGGACGCACAGAAGUUCUCAGCCCUGACGGAAGUACUCUUCCACUUCCUAACUGAGCCAAAAGAGGUGGAAAGGUUUCUGGCUCAGCUCUCUGAAUUUGCCACCACCAACCAGAUCAGUCUCGGUCCCCUCAGAAGCAUCGUGAAGAGCCUCCUCCUGGUUCCAAAUGGUGCCUUGAAGAAGAGUCUCACAGCUGAGCAGGUCCGGGCUGAUUUCAUAACUCUGGGUCUCAGUGAGGAGAAAGCCACUUACUUUUCUGAAAAGUGGAAACAGAAUGCCCCCACCCUUGCUCGAUGGGCCAUAGGUCAGACUCUGAUGAUUAACCAGCUUAUAGAUAUGGAGUGGACAUUUGGAGUGACGUCUGGGAGCAGCGAACUGGAAAAAGUGGGAAGUAUUUUUUUACAAUUAAAGUUGGUGGUUAAGAAAGGAAAUCAAACUGAAAAUUUAUACAUAGAAUUAACCUUGCCUCAGUUCUACAGCUUCCUGCACGAGAUGGAGCGAGUCAGAACCAGCAUGGAGUGUUUCAGCUGAUUUCUGUCCCCCUGCAUCUCCACCUCACACCCCCACCCGCCCCCUCCUCCUCCCUGGUGACUGCUCAGAGAGACCUCUCGCUCCCAGGCCUGUGGCCGCUCCUUUGGGCCUGCUUGCCUCUUGGGAGCCCAGGUGCAAAGGUUUCUGAAAAACAAAGGAUUAAGUACUUAAGGAGCCUGACAGGCUGGUCCUGAAGAGUCUUUGUUGAGGGACCCUCCACGACCUAUCUCCCAGGUCACCGUUUAGAUAUUCAGAGAAAAGAUUGCAUCUCAGAUGCAGGGGAGGAAAUAAGUUGAGUCACCUCCCUUUCAAA